AUGCUGACCUCCAUACAGCUGAUCGCGCUCAUCCUGCUGACGGACAUCGACUCUGUUGUGGCGGAGAAAAUUUUCCACAGCAGGGACCACUCCGAUGUAGAAGUACCUGCCUCGCAACAGGCUGAACUCAUAACCGAUAAAGUCACCGCACAGCAAUUUCUCUCCAAGUAUGGCUUCAUAAAGCCAGUCAACUGGGAGGAAAUCCAAUUUGAAAACGAAGAAGCCAUUCCCUACAAUGACAACCCCGCUCCCGGCGACAUAAUGUCAGUGAUUCAGGAAAGUGGAUCUGUAUCCCGCGCAGGGAUUAAAGACGAAUCGGACGACCCCGCCGAGAGUCCCGAGUUCGUCUCUGCCCUCAAGGAGUUCCAGAGGAUGUCGGGCCUCUCCGUCACAGGUGUGUUUGACGACGCCACCAGAGCUGCCAUGAACGAGCCCAGGUGCGGCGUCCCAGACAAAGAGGCCACGGCAAAGUCCACCAACGCGCAAAAUUCCAGUAACGGCACAGCCGGUAACGUUACGGCCAGUGAGGCCGCGAACUUCACAGUCAACGGCACAAGAGACCGGCCUGCGUACACGGCGGUCUCCAGAGAGAAGCGGCACUUGAAAACGCUACUGCUGGCCGGGAGAAGACGUAAGAGAGAGGCUGGAGGACCGGGGCAGAUGGCCUUCUCCAAGAAGGUCCUUAAGUGGAGGCUAAUAGGAGAGGGCUACAGCAGCCAGCUGUCUAUCGAUGACCAGCGGUACAUCUUCAGGCUGGCCUUCCGGAUGUGGAGCGAGGUGUGCCCGCUGGAGUUUGAGGAGGACACGCGCUCCCCCUUGGCAGAAAUUGACAUCAGGCUGGGGUUUGGAACAGGGCGGCACUUGGGGUGCACGCAGAGAUUCGACGGCGCCGGGCGAGAGUUUGCCCACGCGUGGUUCCAGGGGGACAUCCACUUCGACGACGAUGAGCACUUCACCGCGCCCAAUACGGGCAACGGGAUCAGCCUCCUCAAAGUGGCUGUGCAUGAGAUCGGCCACGUCCUGGGCUUGACCCACAUCCACAGGGCCAGCUCCAUCAUGCAGCCCAGCUACCUGCCCCAGGACACAGGCUUCGAGAUUGACUGGCUGGACAGGAAGGCCAUACAGCAGCUAUAUGGUUCUUGCAAGGGUCGCUUCAACACAGUGUUUGACUGGGUACGGAAGGAGAGGACUCCAUACGGGGAGGUGGUCAUCCGGUUCAACACCUACUUCAUGCGGGAUGGCUGGUACUGGCUGUACGAGAACCGGAACAACCGGACCCGCUACGGCGACCCGGUGGCGGUGCAGGUGGGCUGGCACGGCAUCCCCACUGACGGCGUGGACGCCUACGUGCAUGUGUGGACCUGGAGCACUGACACCGUCUACUUCUUCAAAGGCACUCAGUACUGGAGAUACGACAGCGAGAACGACCGGGUGUACACGGAGGACUCCGAGGGACGCCGCUACCCCAGGCUCAUCUCCGAGGGCUUCCCCGGGAUCCCCGGCCCCGUCGACACGGCCUUCUUCGACAGGAGGGACUCCCACAUCUACUUUUUCAAAGGCUCAGAUGUGUACGCCUUUGAUGUGAACGCCAACGCCAGGGCGCGCGGUUACCCGAAGAAGCUGGCGGAGGCGUUCCCUGCUGUGGUGCCCAACGACCACCCGGGGGGCCACCUGGACGCAGCCUACUUCUCUUACACGCACAACGCCGUCUUCCUGCUGAAGGAUACGCGGUUCUGGAGGGUGGUGAGCAGCAAGGACCGCCUUCUCCGGCCCUCCCUGCCCCACAACGGGCUGCUGCCACACCAAGAGGUGCACCAGCAGUGGUUUGACAUCUGCAACGUGCACGCCACAGCUCUGAAAAUGAGUGGCUGA